AGGUUAGGACGGAGGACGGACGGUCGCUUCUCCUCCCUCGCUCGCUCGCUUUCCGGUACUGGCUGAGCACACGAGCCGAGCGACGCGGAGGAAGACAAGGGAAGCUUUGAGGAGGGAGGAAGCAGCUGGGUUGGGUUGACCGGAGCGGAGUGGUGGAGUGACCCCCAACAACCCUCCCCCUUCCCUCUCCUUUCUUAUUGCCACCACUCCACGUCUCCACCAAACUAGGCAGCGAGAGAUUGGUAGCCGGGGAGCGGGAGAUCUCCAGCCUUCUGCAGAGGAGGAACAGUGAUGAUGGAGAGCCAGCCACUGCAGGAGCCGACGGCCACGGCUCCGGCCGCUGGGGAAGAACAGGCCGGAGCGCCGCCCGCCGUCGUCCCCGGCAAGGAGUUCACCCGCACCUGCAAGGGCCUCGUCGUCGUGCUCAUCGGCGGAUACGUCCUGCUCCAGCUCCUCCCCUCGUCGCUUAACUACCUCGCCAUCAUCCCCUCAAAGACAAUUCCGUAUGUAUGGACUGUCUUCACGGCUGGGUACAUCGAACAAGUUCUUCCAGGGGCUAUUGGCAGUUCUCUUGGUCUUCUCUUCUGCGGAAAGGACAUCGAACCAGUAUGGGGCCGCAAGGAGUUCUUGAAGUUCAUUAUUUUGGUCAACUCCAUAUGUGGCAUCCUUGCAUUCUGCAUUGCGAUUGGACUCUACUAUGUCACAGGAAAGGAGAGCUUCCUUGUCACACCACUUUCUGGUUUCCAUGGUUGCCUUGCUGGCUUUCUUGUGGCCCUGAAGCAGCUCUUACCAAACCUUGAGCUCCCCAUGUGCUUUUUCUGGAAAAUAAAAGCAAAGUGGAUGCCAUUCUUUGUUGUAUGUUUCUCAAGCAUCAUGGCCUUCAUCGUGCCUGAUUCCAUCAACUUCCUACCAACUUUGGUGUCUGGGAUGUAUGUUAGUUGGCUUUACCUGAGAUACUUCCAAAGGAACCCCCUGACUGGACUUAAGGGUGAUCCAAGUGAUGACUUCUCCUUCCCCAGUUUGUUCCCAGCAGCCAUGCGACCAGUGACGGACCCUGUCGCCAAUCUGUUUGAUAGGAUGCUGUGUGCAAGGUCUAGGACUUCCGAAGUUGCUCUCCCAGUUUCAGAUCCUACCAAGGCGUCAAGAAGAAGGGAGCGUGGUGAGAGGGUGCUGGAAGAAAGGUUGGCUGCCGAUCAUGCUGUUGAUACUGAAGCCCCAGCUCACGGCCAUGGCACGGCUGAAGAUUGAGAACUUUCUCCAGCCCAACACCUUAAAUAGGAGCCACGGGUUCCCUCCACCGUCGCAACUCUCCAGAUUUGUGUCCUGGAGAGUGCAUUCAGUUUACAGAACCAAUAAUAUGAUGUCUUACUCCUUUUUUGUUUCUUCGUUUGCGAAGAUUUAUUGGUUAAAUUGUGUUCUAGUCCGAUUAUUAUUGUUACAGUAAAAGAAGAAAAGAGUGGCAUUCCCAGCCAGAUGUAAUGUAGAAAGAAGAAUGGCUUGUCAGGAUCAACGUUGAGAUGAUUUUUUUUUCUAGUUAACAUGAUUUGAGUGGAUAUUAGGGUUCACAUGAGAAAAUGGUGCAUUGAA